AUGCUCAUGGGGCCUGAGCCGUUGACCCAGCCAACCCGCCUCUUUGUUGGCGGGAUCCCCCAAGAUGUCACCCAAGAGCAGAUCGCCCAGCGGUUCAAGUCUUUCGGCACAGUGCAGAGUGUCGACCUGGCACCUGAGAAGGAAGGGUCUGUCACUGCCGGGCCCUUAGUGAGAUCUUGCCGGGGAUUUGCUUAUGUGCAGCUCACUCCCAAGGAUGCCGCAGCCCUUCAUCGCUGCAUCAGCAUGUACAAUGGGUGCAAGUGGAUGGGUGGUGUCCUGCGAGUGGAGCCCGCAAAGCCGGAUUACAAAGCUAAGUUUGCAGCGGAGGAGGCUGACGACUUGUGCCUUGAGCUGGAGGGGCAAAUUGCACCAGAGCAGCCAGACAGUGCAAUGCCGGAUCAGCCGAGCUCUGGGGAAAUUCCACCCCUCACUAUCCCCAGAAGAGAUGGCAAAAAGACCAUGAAGACGCAGCCGAACCGGGUGAAGACAUACUUCCCGCCAGUGAAGCAGCCUAGGGCUGAUGACCUGGCAUGGGGCCCUGUGGAGGCGCCACCUGGCGCCCUGACUCAGCAGCGAGUCAAUGCUCUGCUGACCCGCUUCCCCUCAUCCGCCAGGAUUGCACAGGCGCAAGCUGCUGUACCGAAUGGCGUUGCACAAGGCACCACUAAGCGGCAGGAGGCACCAGAGAAGGCUAAGGCGGCUGCAUCCGAGGAGCAAAUGAGUCAGGCAGCUGAGGAGGAUGAGGUCAUGCGUGAGAAUUCUAGCGAGUCUGAGGAGUUGGGGGCCGUGGACUUCAUGGACUCUGACGUGGAGGGGCCGGCAGCUGCAGCUGUGCAGGACUCGCGCUUUGACAGCUCUGACGAGGAUGAUGACUCAGCGCCGGCUGCGCACGGCAGGCACGCAGUAGCUCUUAUUCAGCCCUCUGACAAGAUGAAGGCCAGUGGCGUUGCUGGGAAUAGCAAGGUGCAGAGCAAAAGCGUGACAGGACCCAUGGUUGUGGAGCAAUCCACAGAGGGGACUGGGCCAUUGGCCGAUGGGGAGCACCAGCAGGUUGAGGUCAAGGCAGCAGCAAGCCGCAUCGACAGCAGUGAUGACGAGGAGGGCGGGGCCGCUGCAUUAGAGCCUGCAGGAUCUCUGAAGCCAGCUGGCAUGCUUGGGUUGUCCCAGGAAGAAAACAUGAUCAGUGCGGCAGAUGACAGCGAGACAGAUGAGAGCGAGUCAGAUGGCGGCUUGCAGAGUGCAAGUGGUGACAGUGACAUUGCGAGCAGCAGCAAUGAUGAGGGGGGUAGCAAAGGGAAUGACAUGUCAGAAGAUGAGAAUGCUGGACCUGCUGGAGGAGAUGUUCAUGCUGGAGGCCAAAUCCAAGCGCUGUCAGAUGAAGUGGGAGCAGUGGAAGAGCAGCAGGGUGAUCGUGACAUUGACAGUGAGGGAGAGGACACAGAUGACGGGGAUGCACAGGAGCAUGGGAGUGAGACAGAUGAGGCUGAGACGAGCUCUGAGCACUUGCAAGAGCCUGGCGCUGGCAUGGAGAGAGUUGCUGCAGAGGUUGGCAUGGGCCCAGAGCUGCCUGCUCCUGAUGCAGAGACCAACAGCGACUUAGAGGAAGCCGUCACUCCUUGUGAUGUGGAAGGAGCAUCACAUGGUCAAAGGAGUGGAGACAUGAGGGCCCAGCAAGGCAAGGAAGCCUUCCUUGCAGGGCUGGCAGGGGUGCUGCCCCAGGGAGCAGCUUUUUGCAGAUUGGUGGGAGGCAAUGAGGUGGAGGCAGCAUGGCGAGCAACGAGAGACUCUCUGGUGGCCGACUACAAGAGCAAGCGGCGCACAGCUCUCAAGCAGCUGCCCACAAAGAAGCGCGGCCGCUUCCAUGCUUGA